AUGGAGGAAGCUGGUAAGAUCGUAAGAAGUCAGAACACAUUCAAAGUCCUAGUGAUUGGUGAUUGUGGGACAGGCAAAACAUCAAUAAUUCGUCGAUAUGUCCAUAAUAUGUAUAAUACAAAUUAUAAAGCAACUAUAGGAGUAGAUUUUGCUGUCAAAAUAUUAGUGGUUAAUACGACGGAAAUAGUUCAUCUUCAGAUGUGGGAUAUAUCAGGUACGCUAACUAUUACUAUUCUUUUGGAAAAUUUGACAAAUUUCUUCUGA